AUCAUCCAAAAUGGGUCGUGCAGAGGUGGGAACUCCCAAAUACUUGGCCAACAAAAUGAAGGCCAAGGGCCUGCAGAAGUUACGCUGGUAUUGUCAGAUGUGUGAGAAACAAUGUCGUGAUGAGAAUGGUUUCAAAUGCCACACCACCAGCGAAAGCCAUCAGCGCCAGUUGCUCCUGUUUGCCGAUGCUCCGGGCAAAUUCCUGCACAGCUUUUCCAAAGAAUUCUCCGAUGGAUAUAUGGAAUUACUGCGAAGACGAUUCGGCACCAAACGUGUCAAUGCCAAUAAGGUCUAUCAGGAAUACAUUGCCGACAAGAAUCACAUACACAUGAAUGCCACCCGGUGGCUAACAUUAUCCGAUUAUGUUAAAUGGUUGGGUCGAACGGGUCAAGUGGUGGCCGAUGAAACGGAAAAAGGUUGGUUUGUCACCUAUAUCGAUCGCAGUCCCGAGGCUCUGGAGCGACAGGCCAAAGCUGAACGUAAAGAGAAAAUGGAAAAAGAUGAUGAGGAGCGUAUGAUGGAAUUCAUUGAGAAACAAAUUGAAAAGACGAAAAAGAAAGAUGGUACAACGGGGGAAAAUGAUGAAGAAAAAUACACGGAACUCAGAAGAGAUGAGGAACAACCCUUGAAAUUGGAUAUACGUUUGGAAAAGAAAUUCCAACCGGAAACAAAAUUGUUGGCACCGUCGGCAUUGAUGGCAAAGAAAAGGGUGAAACAAGAAAAACGGGAUGAUGACAACAGUAGUGGUUCAGAGUGUGAAGAAGAUGAGGAGGGUUUUAAGAAACCCAAGGCAAUUAAAUUAGAAAAUAAUAAACACAAAUCAUCAUCAGGAUCUGGAUCCUCAUCUUCUACCUCAGCCUUGGAUGAAAUCAUAAAAAUGGAAGAACAGAAAAAGGAAAAAGCCAAUCGCAAGGACUAUUGGUUGCACGAGGGUAUUGUGGUGAAGUUCAUUAGCAAAUCAUUGGGUGAAAAAUUCUAUAAACAAAAAGCCGUCAUUCAAGAGGUGGUGGAUAAAUAUGUGGCCAAGGUGAAAUUUUUGGAAACGGGUGAAAAAGUCAAAGUUGAUCAGGCCCAUUUGGAAACUGUUAUACCAGCCCUUGACAAACCGAUACUAGUGGUAAAUGGUGCCUAUAGAGGUUGUGAGGCUAUACUGCGAAAAUUAGACGAAAAGCGUUAUUGUGUUACCAUUGAAAUUGCCCGUGGGCCGUUGAAGGGACGCAUUGUUGAAAAAGUACAAUAUGAAGACAUUUCGAAAUUAUAUUGA